AUUCGGAAUAUUUACAUUUUCCUGAAAAUGGUGUCUUGCUCAUUUAUUUUGUUUGCCUUUUGAAAUGGUUGCAGCGGAGUUCGACAACUACCUCAAUUCUUUAGAUGAAAUUCUUGUUCCGACUAAGCCAUCAUCUGAAGAAACAGCUUCCCAGCAGGCAGAGACGCAUGACAUCGUUGCAGCAGAAGAUGAAAUGGCUGAAGCUCGAAGGAAACUAUCUUCACUUCUCGACAUGGAUUUCCCUUCAUUGAUUUGCUUCAAAGACCUCGACGAACUCGCCAGUCUAGCAUCCAAACUCCGGAAGGAUCCCACCCUUACCGCGGAACAGCUCGUCAAACUGAAGUUAAUUCAAGAGAUCCCAACAUUUUGCGAGGUGUUUCUCGAGAACCGGGGAGUAAUGGAGCAGGCAGACAAGUUCUUUACUGCCCUCGAAGACAACAAGGCCAAGGUCAAUUCACUGAAACAAGAAUACAGCAAGUUAAAACAAGAAGUAACAGAUGCACAAUCCGAGAUGGAUUCCAGCGCAGCGGCCGUGCAAGAUAUCGACAACAAGAUAGCAGAACUCAAAGCCCAACGGACCGAGCUAACAAAACUGAUAGAUAAGAAGAAGAGAGCCAAGGAUGAAUUGAUAUAUAACCAGAAGCUGGUAGCGAACUCGAUUCCGAAAGUCGUACAUGAAGUUCAGACCGCCAACACCAAAAGAACGGAAUGGGAGCUGAAGAAGGAAAACGGAGCACGGCGCGAGGCCGAAAUACUUGCCAAAUUUGCUCCUCUGAAAGGGUUUUCCCUCUGAACAGAAGUAGCCGAGGAGAAACAUAUUGUAGUGCUUUGCUUUUGAGGAUUAUGCUACUCUAAAUAGCUUUUAGCAAUUGUAACCCUGUGUGAUGAAACUUAACCCACGCCAUCAAUUACUGUGUUGUUUGUACUUCAACUUCAUUAUAAUCAGUUCCUGUAAACCUGUUAUAAUUUGAAUUUGGGGUUGAAAUCUUAGCGUUUUCAAAUGGAACAAUUUGGGUUGAGAGA